UGUGCUUUCUGGAAAGAGAAUUGUUUGGUAUAAUAGAGCAAUAACACCACUGAGUAAAGCAGUACAAGGUUUUCGUAUGGCAUCCGCAGGCGUUAUUCUGCCUGUUAAUGAGACCACUGGCAGUUUAUCAUGUGCCCCACCCGCCUAUCUCUACUUACGUAGGUAACAGAGAUGUGAUCCUGAGCAGAGUGGACUUCAUUCUCUGUAUCGGAGGAGACGGCACCAUUCUCUAUACCGCCUCACUCUUUCAGGAAGCCAUACCUCCAAUGAUGUCAUUCCAUGUGGGAUCUCUGGGGUUUCUCACUCACUUUGUGUACGAGAACUACCAACAGGACAUACGCAGAGUCAUUGAGGGUAAUGUGAGUCUGACACUCAGACACAGACUACAGUGUGUCUUCAAGACUGACUAUGAGGUGGUGGAGACGGCAGAGGACGCGUGUCCAGUGUCUCCUCCGGGCAAGUCUGACUCAAUGAACGGGACGACCCUGCUCUUCAACGCCAAGCCCAAGCUCUUUAGCUCAACCAGUGCCGACCCUGACAGCGUUCAACUGGUGAUGAAUGAGUUGGUGGUGGACAGAGGUCCCCACCCUUACCUCUGCAACCUGGAGCUCUACUGCAACGGGAGGUUCAUGACCUCCGUUCAGGGAGACGGGAUCAUCAUCUCCACCCCGACAGGCAGCACGGCCUACUCGCUGGCAGCAGGGGCCAGUAUGGUCCACCCCAGUGUCUCCUGCAUGGUCAUCACUCCAAUCUGCCCCCACUCCCUCUCUUUCAGACCCACCGUCCUCCCCGCCGGCGUCGAAAUGACUGUGAGGGUAGCAGCAAACAGCAGAAACUCUGCCUGGGCAGCUUAUGAUGGCAGGAACAGGAGGGAAAUCAAGCAGGGAGACAGUGUGGUGGUGACAACCUCAGCCUGUCCGGUGCCCACCAUCAACAACACAGGUCAUGUGACUGAUUGGUUUGACAGUCUCGCAGAGUGUCUUCACUGGAACGUUCGCAAGCAACAGAAACAACUCGCUAAAGUGUCGUAACAAUCUUUAGGACUCUUUUUAUUGCUACACACUUUUAUAUUGUACAAUACUUUUAAGUUGUACACAUUUUCCAUAUUAUUUGUAAAAGCAAAGACAUAAUUAUUAUUGGUCAAGAAGUCUACGUGAUGAAAAGCAUAGAAAUGCUUUAUAUUUCUCUCACGGCAGUGUCAGUUUGAACAUUGGGAAGCUCUCGUGGCAGCUGAAGGUCUUGCAUCUGGUCUUUCAGUCUGUCUAGGGCGAGACGCUCAGCCGGCUUGUCGCACAAACACGCCCUGAUCAAGGGAACAAAAUCUCCAACCACAGCAUAGAUCGGACGUUUGAGCAUGGCAAACAGCUUCUUUCUCUUUUCAAUUUCCUUGUUGGGGGAGUUUGGUUUAGGAGUACUGAAUUCGGCUGUGUCAACUUCCCAUCGUGUCAGGGUUACAAGGGCAAGAUGCCCGUACGCAAAGACGUCCAUUUUCUUAGUGUAAUCCCCGGAGGCCAUUUCAGGAGCCAUGUAAGCCUCAGUCCCACACACCUCCCGGCCAACAAUGCUGUCAUUGGCCAGGUGGGAACUUCCAAGAUCACCGAUUUUUGCAAUUCCCUUCUCCGAUAAGAGUACGUUCCUUGUUUUCAGGUCACCGUGUAUGAUGGACGGCUCCUGGUGCAUGUACUCGAGCCCACUCAGAAUGUGUGAGAGGAUAGAGACUUGAUUCGGAAGCGAGAUACCGACACGUCUCAUGAGGUAGCGAUGCAGUGAUGUAGCCAGGAGCUCAGUGAGGAUCAGGAACACACCUUGGCAAUGGUGUUUCUCGUACACGCCGAUCCCACAGAACCUGACAAUGUUGUCGUCGUCCAGCAGAGCGAGAUUGGCAGCCUCGCGAUACAGGUUGUCGACUAGAGCUGAAUCCUCUAGCUUUAGUUCCUUCGCAGCAUAGCAUAUGCCCUUGUGCUUCACAACCCUGACCUCUCCAUACGACCCACUUCCCAGCACACUGUUUGUCUUUUCAACUUUUUUCUUACCCCUGGAAUGUGUGCCUGUAAUUGAAUUUUAAUUUGUAGUAUUCAUUGCCGUGGGUGCAUGCCUACCUAAAUCACUCAUAAUACCAUGAAUAGUGUAGACCACACAUUAAGGCAAUAGGUGUAUAUAUACAAGCCCUGGCACAAUAACAACUUACACUCAUCUUGUGCAGCAGGGGUGGCUGAUACUUGUGCAUGAGGAAACACUGGUACACCAUCUGCUCCGUCAGGAUUCUCUUCCUCAACGCUUACCACUGGAUCUAUACAAUUCCAAUUAGCCUUAUUGUUACAGGGUAUUUCCCUCGAAAUGAAGGGUUGAGCUAAUUAUACCUGCAUACUCGGAUUCUUUGAGUUCUGCAAAGGGCUUAUGCUCCAAUAGCCACGUGGUCAGUCGCUUUAGCUCGGCCUCAGACAGUUUACUGAACUGGAGCCCCGCGUCCUUGCUCCUCCAGCCGACUCCACAGUUAGACAUCUCGCCCUGGAUCUUCUCUGGUAACUGGUCGUAGAUAGCGUCGAAAACCAUGUUCUUAGCCUCGUUGUUACGGUGCAUGCGGUCGUUGUCGGCUUCGAGACGCGCCACGUCCUCGUGACUGGGUUGGUCCUCGACAUAAAGUGCA